GAUGGCGACUCUGCGGGUCCCCGUCAUCGACGUCUACAAUGACAAUUUCUCCGAGCUGUGGCCCUCCAUUCUGUUGGCGCUGAAGACGUCCACGUUUAUAGCUGUUGACACUGAGCUGAGCGGCCUGGGGUCUCGGAAGAGUCUACUCAACCAGUGUAUUGAGGAACGCUAUAAGGCGAUAUGUCAGGCCGCUCGGACGCGCUCCGUCCUCUCCCUGGGAAUCGCCUGCUUCAAAGAGCUGCCGGAAAAGGGGGAGAGCGCCUACUUAUCACAGAUCUACAACCUGACGCUGCUGUGUAUGGAGGAUUACACCAUCGAGCCGCAGAGUGUCCAGUUCCUCGUCCAGCACGGAUUCGACUUCAACAAGCAAUACUCCGGCGGGAUCCCGUACUACAAAGGCAACGACAAGGCUGAUGAACGGCGUCAGCAGACCAUCCGCACCCUCUUCCUGGAGCUGCUGCGGGCCCGCAAGCCCCUAGUCCUCCACAACGGCCUGAUAGAUCUGGCCUUCCUCUACCAGAGCUUCUACGCUCAGCUCCCAGACAAGAUCAUGAACUUCGUGGCCGACCUCUCGGAGAUGUUCCCGGCCGGCCUCUACGACACCAAAUACGCGUCGGAGUUUGAGACGCGCUUCACCGCCUCUUACCUGGAGUACGCCUAUAAGAAAUGCAAGCGUGAGAACUGCCGGCGGAUGGACUCCAGCACCAGUCACCUCUCCGUAGAGUUCUGUCACUAUUCUGCAACCAUGUCGGCUUAUGUGGACUAUCGGCUGUGCUCCCUCCCCGACCAGGAACCCGUCGCCUCUGCCGCCGAACCGGCCCCCGUCUGCGAGAGGUUCUCCGCAUACGGCUGGUGCGCCGACGGGGCAAAGUGCGAGCUCUCGCACAACAUCGACCUGAUCAUUGACGAGGACGAGAAGGGCCGAGAAGACAAGAAGAAGAGGAAGAGACGGAAGAGGAAAAAGCAAGCCGCGGCACAAGAAGAAGAGACCAACGAGGAGGUGAGCAUGGAACCUCCUUGUAGAAAGCCCUUUCUGGACCCUCCUGAGACCCCCGAGCGAGAGGAGGAGAAGGGGCGGGUCCACAUGGAGACCAAGAAAGAAGACUUAAUGGAGGAGACGGGUGUGCGGUCCUCUGACCAGUCAGAGGUGAAGGAAGCGCACGCGGAGACGCUCUCCUCCAAUCAGAGCGGAGACCACAAUGGACCUCCAGUGGUUGUAGUCACGGAUUCGUCCCUAAGCAAAACCAUUGGCGGGGGUCACCACAAAAAGAAACCGCCGAGCACCUCUGACGCGGGGACCCACAGGGCCGGCUUUGACGCCUUCAUGACCGGCUACAUUCUGGCUUACGUGUGGAUGCUGAAGAAAGGGGAUCGCGCGGACGCCGCCGCCGGCUGCCUCCCGGACUGCCAAAAUAAAAUCUAUCUGAGCGGGAAGAACGUUCCGCUGCAGAUCGUGAAAAGCGUCUUCGCCAAAAACUCCCGCGCCCACCUGCAGAAAAUGAAGCUGAUCGGGGCUCAGGAUUGCUGACGGU